CUCCUAAGCCUUCUAGUUAGCAAUCCUCCUUUUAAUACAUUCCAUUCAAAUCAAGCUCCUUUUGGGUUUUGGGUAUUUUAUAACAGGAGGAACAAAGGAUAAGACAGAAAGUGCCUACGUCAUUUUUGAAGAAAUCAAUAUGUAAAACAUGAAAAGAAAAUUUGAGAAUAAUUAGGUUGGGAUUCUUCCAAGUCUCUUUGCUAGAGUUGCCCUCUCUCUCUCUCUCUCUCUCUGAAUUCUUAGCUUUUCUCUGGGGUUUCUUGCCUUCUUUUACUUUAAUUUUUCAUGUACUCUAAUUUUGCACCCUCUUCCCUUUGGUCUUGGUCUUGGUCUGCCACUAUAAUCAUCACCUUCUGUACACAAUCUCUACCCACUGCUUAUUUUUCUCAGUACUGUGCAGUCUCCCUAUUCAGUAUUCACAUAUAUAGACAUACAGGGUAGUAGUGGAGAGUUUUGAAGAAAAAACCAUUAUCUUACUGUCUCUUCUUUCCCAUAUAUAUCUAUAUAUAUGUGUGUGUUUCUGAUAUAUAAUUGCAUGGUGGGGAUAGCAUAGCUUGAUGGGUUUUUAAAAGAGAUUGGAAAAAGAUCAUGAUAUACAAAUUGGGAUGCAGAGUUGCUCAGACAAGCAAUCCAAUAUCCAUUGUUAGAUAGCGACUUUGAUAAUCACCCAUCAUCAUCAUCAUCAUCAUCAUCUCCUCACGAGAUUUUGCUUUGGACACCCCAUAUUCAAUGAUGCCUUUCUCUGCCCAAAUGUCACUGCCACCUGUUCAUCAAACAAACCACUACUAAUUAGUUGUAUCCAAAGCUGGGAUUCUCUCUCUCUGGGCUGUUUAAUUCCUCUCUUCUUGUUUUUUCUUCAGAGUCCUAUAGUGGGUUGUUACAAGAGGGCUUAGUAGUGCAAGCAUUCACACACACACACACACAAACACAAACACACACACACACACAGAGUAGUGGGGUUUGUUUUGUUUUUGUUUUUCUUGUGUUGGAGUCUUCUUCAGAGGCAAUGUUUCCUUCUGUCAUGUCUAACUCAACAUCUUUGUCUCAUGAGGAAGUUAGUGUUUCUUCUGGUGCUAAAGUUCAAGACUUUGGUAGCUUAAAUCCAAUGGUUUCAUCCAUUUCUACUCAGCAGCCACAGAAGAUCAAGAAGAAGAGGAACCUUCCCGGAAACCCAGACCCUGAUGCUGAAGUAAUUGCAUUAUCUCCGAAGACCCUUUUGGCAACCAAUAGGUUUGUGUGUGAGAUCUGUAACAAGGGGUUUCAGAGAGAUCAGAACCUUCAGCUUCACAGGAGAGGCCACAAUCUUCCAUGGAAGCUGAAGCAAAGGAACAACAAAGAGAACAGGAAGAGAGCCUAUGUUUGCCCUGAGCCUACAUGUGUUCACCACCACCCUUCAAGGGCUCUUGGUGACCUCACAGGAAUCAAGAAACACUUCUGCAGAAAACAUGGGGAAAAGAAAUGGAGGUGUGAGAAGUGUUCAAAGAUCUAUGCAGUUCAAUCAGACUGGAAGGCUCACUCUAAAACCUGUGGAACAAGAGAGUAUAGAUGUGAUUGUGGAACCCUUUUCUCCAGAAAGGAUAGCUUCAUUACCCACAGAGCAUUUUGUGAUGCUCUAGCUGAAGAAAGUGCAAGACUCUCAGUAAACCUAUUGGCAGCAACAACCAACCAAACUGCAAACCAAGCCUUCAAUCUACAUGACCCACAAAACCCAUCACCUCUCUUCCCAUUCACCACCCAACCUGCCCACAUCUCCCUCAACCCUUGGGACCCACCUCAAAACCCUAACCCUAGCCAAAACCCACUUCAUAUCAAACCUGAAACCACCAUCCCACCACCACCACCAAUCUCUUCCUCAUUCUUCCAAGAACCACCACCACACAAGACCAUGAUCCAAAGCUUCAUUUCAAACAGUGCCACCUCUGCUCACCUCUCAGCCACUGCACUCCUCCAAAAGGCUGCAACAGUUGGUGCACAGUCAGUUGGUCAAGUGGCAUCUACUAUGGGCCAGCUGGGUACCACUGUGGGUCACGUGCGCUCCGGAAUCUCACCAGAGUACCUCUGUUUCAAUCCCGGAAAUCUUGCCGCGUGGCAGCAGAAGAGUGAUCGGCUGACCAGGGACUUCUUGGGCUUGACAGCAGACUGUGGUGGUGGCGGCGGCGGCUUUGGCGGUGGAAAUGCUGACGAUGGCGUUAACGCUAGUGUGAACCUGAGGGGUCCGCUAUCGUUCACGGGGUGCGUAGACUUCUCAGCAUAUGACCGUGACCACACGCUGCUGAAGCCCCAAGGUUUUGGUUUUGCCGAUACAUGGGGGUAAUUGUCAGACAUGUUGAGGGGUAAAAUAGUAAUAAGGGCCUUCGGAAGUAAAAUGACUAAUAUACCCCCAAAGGAAAGAGGAAAAGAAACUAUUUUCCCUUCUUGGCUAUUUUCUAUUUGUUUUCGUGGUUUUCUAUGUUUUCAUGUUGCGAAGAAAUGUUAAGUAGCAGUAACUUCUCAUAGCGUUAUGCUGAACUAUAUAUUGUCCGUUUUUGUUCAUGAAUUUACAUUUUUAAGUA